GAUUUGGGUCCGGAUAUUGUGCCCAGACCUAGGAAUUUAUUUGGUAAUUUUGGUUGGGAAUCAUCCUAUCAUUUAAUGCUUACAGAGGCAUGAUCGAAUUGUCGAAAGAGAAGCUACUCUUUAUUCUCGGCAAAUUCUUCUUGAUUCAGUGUUUGUAGACUCAUCUCGAUUUCUAGGGUUCUUCCCUGUGAUCCAAUCCAAUGAACUCUUCAGAGAACUCCGACGAAGUUCGCCGCAACGAAAAUGGCGACGCCGGAAAUGGUCAAGAUCUGUUCUUGCACUUCUUAGACAAGGUUCGUCUGUCGCGAGGGGACGCGAUGGAGGAAAGUGAAGGCGAAGAAUCGCCGACGGAGCUUAACACGAUUAAUAGCGCAGGCGGGUUUCUGAUUGUCUCUCCUGAUAAGCUUUCCGUCAAGUACACCAACACGAAUCUGCACGGCGACGACGUUGGGGUUGUUCAAGCUAAUAAACCUGCUCCCUUCAUGUCUUACUACUUCGAGAUUUUUGUUAAGAAUGCUGGCGUUAAAGGGCAAAUCGCGAUUGGUUUCACUAAGGAGAGCUUCAAAAUGCGCAGACAACCCGGAUGGGAAGUGAACAGCUGUGGCUAUCACGGGGAUGAUGGAUAUCUCUAUCGAGGAAAGGGAAUAGGCGAAGCCUUUGGUCCAACUUAUACGACAGGUGAUACGGUUGGCGGUGGUAUAAACUAUGGGUCGCAGGAAUUCUUUUUCACUAAAAACGGAGCUCUUGUUGGGAAAAUCCCCAAGAACAUAAAGGGUCAUCUAUUCCCCACUAUAGCUGUACAUAGCCAAAAUGAAGAGGUCUCCGUCAAUUUUGGGAAAACAAAGUUUGCUUUUGAUGUUAAAGCAGUGGUUCGCUUGGGACACCUUGCGAUUAUAUGUUACAUCCAUCCUCUGCUGUUCGUGUGUGAUGAAAUGCUAACUACUUGGGGAUAUGAAGCAUCAGAGAGGAAUAAGCAACAUAUGGCUAUUGAUAAAAUAUCCAUACCUCCCAAUAUCAGUUAUGCGCUUGUGAAGACCUACCUGCAUCACUAUGGGUAUGAGGAGAUACUCAAUGCUUUCAACAUUGCUACUGAAACUACAGUCCCUCCAAUCCGUAUAGCUCAAGAGAAUGCUAUAGAUGAGGAUGAUUCAUCAUAUGCUUUGCAUCAAAGAAAGACUAUUAGACAGCUUGUCAGGGAUGGUGAGGUUAAUGCUGCUCUGGCUAGACUACGAGAUUGGUAUCUCCAAAUUGUACAGGUGGGAAAACUUGAAGAGGGUGUGAAGUAUAGCAGGCUCGAGUUAGCUAAAUUUGUUGGUUUAACCGGGUUUCAAGAUAAAGUGGAGGACUGCUUUGCUUUGCUUGUUUAUCGAAAGCCCGAGGAAUCAUCUCUUGGGUACUUCUUAGAAGACUCGCAGAGGGAACUAGUAGCUGAUGCAGUAAAUGCAGCAAUUCUGUCAACAAAUCCAAACAAGAAAGAUGUGCAGAGAAACUGUCACUUACGUUUCCAUCUUGAAAUACUGCUCCGACAUCUAACCGUGUGCUGUUUGGAAAGACGGUCACUCAAUGGAAACCAAGGUGAAACAUUCCGGCUUCACCAUGUUCUAAACAACAACAGUACGAGAAGAUGAAAUCAAAUUAGCUCGCAUUUUCUUGUGAAAACUCUGGUCUGAUUGGUUGUUUUCAUCAUAUGUGCCUUCUGUUAAUACUUGUGUGAUAUUAUGUUGAACUUUUGAAUUCUGUAGGAAGAAACAAGGUUAAAAAUUAAACUUGCAUU